GCUGUACCUGGGAAAUCCCAUGGACCCUCCUGACGUUUUAGGUGUGGACCUGAGUGCUGCCAGACCCACCCAGCUUCCAGGCAGGGCUAAAAACCAAGGGGAAGCUGGGGUGACAGGGUGCAUUGUCACCUGGCCCAAUGCCACCGCCAGCAGCGGCAGCCACCUCCGCGCCCACCUCAGCCUACCGUCCUGCUCACCAGGAUCAGUGCCAGGAACCUCACCGCCAUCAGCACGGGUACCAGGCACCAAGGUGGGCGAGCGGCAACCUAGCCGGCUGAGCAGUGAGGGGCCGGCAGGCAGUGAGGUGACACUCAUCGAUUUUGGGGAGGAGGUGCCCCAAGGUAGCCCCUCGCCAGUGGGUGAACUGACAGCCCCAUCCCCUCCGAGCCGGCGGGGCAAGACCAACUAUGGCUUUGUGGAUGAGGGUGAGCGGGGACCAGCACUGGAGGACAACCUCUUCCUGCCCCCCAAGGAGAUGAAGCAGCCCAGCAUGACGCAGACCACAGAGCUCUUUGAGGAGCUGCAGCAGGAGUGCAUGAAGAGGCUUAAUGUCCCCCUGGGACCAGCUGCCCCCACAGAUGACAAGCCACAAAUCCCUCCCCGUAUCCCUAUCCCGCCACGGCCCGUACGCCGUAACGAGCCUGGGCGCUGGUCGGGGGAGCUUUCCCCAGUGUCAGGGGGCGAGGAGGACCGGCCACCCCAGAUCCCCCCCAGGGACCCAUUGUCGCAGCCCACCUCCCGGACACCCAGCCCCAUGGCCCUGCAGGUGGGGUCCCCCCAGCAACGUGCCGCCCUCUGCUCCUGCCUCUCCACCUCACCAGGGAAGCCCAUGCCCACCACACAGAGCUUUGCCCUGGACCCCAAGUAUGCUACCCCCAAGGUAAUCCAGGCGCAGGGCAAGGACUGCUCCAAGGGACCCUGCAUCCUGCCAAUCGUGAAGGACGGGCAGAAGGUCAGCAGCACCCACUACUACCUGUUGCCUGAGCGCCCUGCAUACCUGGAUAAGUAUGAGAAGUUUUUCAAGGAGGCCAAAAGCCCUGAGGAGGUGCAGGCAUCCCGCCUGGUUACCACAGCCACCGUCCGUCCCAUGGUGCAGCAGCCGCCGCCAGACUGCAAGGCCAACUUCUCCUCCAACAACAGCAAUCCUGGGCCCAAGUGCCUGGUGAAAGCCUCCUGCAGCCUCCAGAAGAUCAUCUACGAUGGGCCAGAUGGCUGCCGCCCUGCUGACAAGAUCCGGCUGGUGCAGGACACAGUGCACGGUGUGACCACCGAGGAGUGCCAGGCGGCCCUGCAGAACCAUGGCUGGAGCAUCCAGCGGGCCAUCCAGUACCUGAAGGUGGAGCAGCUUUUCUGCCUAGGGCUGAAGUCCCGCGUUGAGUGCCAGCGGGUGCUGGAGAUGUUCGACUGGAACCUGGCCCAGGCCAGCUCCCACCUCCUUGAUCCUUACAGCACCACCCGCCAGAAGCGGUGACAGCGGGGACGGGGCGAGCUGCGUCGGAUC